AUGUUCCAGAUCGAAGGCCUCACACUGAAGCUGGACCUGGAGGAGAUGAAACGUAAGAUGCGUGAGGAUGUGCUCUCCUCCACUUGGAACCAACUCAUCUAUGUGACCCUACUGUGAGUCACUCCAUAGAUCUUGAAGAAAUUGGACAACAUAUAA